CGCUUUUUCACUUUCUGCAUCAGCACAUUUAAAAGGCAGGAGGAGAACAACGUGUAGGACUCGAAUCUGUCUUAUUUGUGAGAAUCAUGAGUGAUCAACCUCUUUUGGUGAAUGUGGAAACAUGGAUUACAGAGAACCAGAAAGCUUUUUUACCACCGGUAUGCAACAAGCUCAUGCACUUUUCUCAGCUUCAAAUUAUGUUUGUUGGAGGUCCUAAUACCAGGAAGGAUUACCACAUAGAGGAAGGAGAAGAGUUAUUCUACCAGCUGAAAGGUGAUAUGUGUCUGAAGAUAAUUGAAAACGGCAAGCACAAGGACGUCCACAUCAAAGAAGGAGAGAUAUUUCUGCUUCCAGCUAGGAUCCCACACUCUCCUCAGAGGCAGGCCAACACGGUUGGUCUGGUGGUGGAAAGGAGACGCCUGCUGAACGAGACCGACUGUCUGAGGUACUUUGUGGACAACACCACUGACAUUCUGUUUGAGAGAUGGUUCUACUGUGAGAAUCUGGGAACUCAACUGGUGCCAAUCAUCAAAGAAUUUAUGGCAUCAAAGCAGUUCAAAACGGGAAAACCUGAUCCAAAUGAGGUCUUCAGAGAACCUCCUUUUCAGCUGAGCACCAUGAACGUGAUGACACCUUUCUCCUUCAAAGACUGGCUGGAGAGGCAGCGGCCGUCCCUCUGCAACGGCCAUCCCAUCGACAUGUUUGGAGCUCAGUUUGAGACAGAGGUGAUGGUGUUUGGACCUGGACUGACUGAGACAUCAGUGCGGCUAACUGACGUUUGGAUUUGGCAACUGGAGGGACAGUCAAGAGUAACUGUGGCUGAACAGGAGUUUAGCCUGUCUGCUGGAGAUAGCGUACUCAUUCCCGAGCAGAGCAAAUACCAGUGGCAGAGAGAAGAUGGGACAGUUGCUUUGUUUGUCGUCCAAAAUCCAGAGCGGAAGAGAUCCUAAAAAAUACCUUUGAAGACAGUCUUUAAAGAGGCAUCAAUCAUUCAUUAAAUGGAUGUUAAAGCUCCAUACUUCCUGAAAAUAUGUCCUAAUCCUGCUAUCUAUUCACCUUUGUUGAUUAUUAAUGGCAAAUAAUCCUUUUUCAGAAAUAUUAGCACAUUCUUUUAAAGUGACUGGAUGUAUGAAGUAUUUUGGGGAAACAAAUAAAGAUGUUUGUGUAUGUCUCA